AUGUCCACUUCUAGACCAGAACACUUGACAAUUGGCAAGUUUGCGCCACCGCCUGGCCUUGGCCAGUCCCUGUCGAACCCCGCCAGCGCCAGCACCUCCCCGAACGAGCCAUCGUCUGGGGGAAGUGCCCCAAUUCGCUCGCCUUUUGGCCUCCCAACAACCUCCGGCCUGACCCCAGGAGCAAAGAUGACUUCGGCCACGCGAUCAGGGGCCGGCUCUCCUUCGCACGACCCGCUAGCUCCUCCCGGUAGCGGUCGUUUCUUAUCCAGCAAGAGAGCUCGAGAAAUCCAAGCUCAGGAGGGCGUGACCAGUCUGCCCCUGAAUCCCUGGGGCGGCCCGCCAACCAGCGGAAACUCUACGCCUCUGCGCGAAAACAUCCCAGAGUCGCCGACGGACGGUUUCCCCGACUUCACCCAAAUCUCCUCUCAAGAUUCUCCCAUCUCGACGCGCCGUGCACGGGCAGGCACCUUGCCCUCUCGACUAUCAACUACGGGACCCGCCAAUGGCUUGCUCAGCAUACCGGCCUUGGCAUUCAAAACAUCGCGGCCCUCGCCAUCACACAGUCCUUUCAAGUCGCCGUCGCCGGGUCUCGAGCCAACUGAGCCAUCGAACAACCCAUCAGCCUUGCUAUCGCGCCUCCGAGCUGGUUCCAUGCCUCAGCGCAGUCCAUUUGCGCCACACCCCUCUGGCGCAAGCUCACCCUUUGGUCCGAAUAUCUUUAGCAGCAGCUGGAACGCUGUUGGUCGCGAGAGGGGUUCGACGUUGGCAAGCAUAGCUAGCGUCUCAACGAACGGGCCGAGCUCGCCCACCCAGUCCCAGAUUUCGAGAGAAGGGGGCGCUGAAAAUGACGUUCCCGCGAGGACUCUGGAUUAUCUGGGCCUGAUGGGCACUCCUCAACCCCAACCAUCACAGAUGGACCCUCCUUACCUUCAAACGAUGAUGCCAGACUUUGCUCGACAGGCGAGUGCGAGCCGCUUCCGGUCAUACUCGGUCAACAACAAGGAUACGUACGAGGAUGAAUAUGACAACGACGAAGAUGGCUAUGAGCAAGAGACCCUAGAGAGUCAGUACGAGCUGAUCCAGCAACGACUUGCCGCGACCCAGGCCGCCAUCCGUGACCACAAUUUGGCUGUUCAGGCGUUUGCCAGCCAGGCGGCAAUCAACCGACCUCGGGCGAGAACAGCUGGGGUCCUAGACACGCCGAACCCAUCUCGACUUCUUCGGAGCUAUUACCCGACACCCUCCCGGCUAGACAGCUCCAUCACGGCUGCAGAGCUCGGGUUAGCAGAUGAAAAGGCGCAGUCCGCCGACGACCUCGCACCAGCUAUCGCCGGAAUCAAUCUGGGUCGAUCGAGCAGCCGAAACAAUGGUCUGUUGUCUGCCGACGAGCCGGAACUCGGUCCCACCAGCGCUCUCUGGCUUGGCAGUAUCCCGACCUCUACCACGACUACGACUUUGACGGAGAUGUUCAAGCAGUUCGGUCCGAUCCUCUUCACGAGAGUCCUGACACAUAAGAAUUGCGGGUUCGUGAACUUCGAGAGAAUCGACAGCGCGAUGGCUGCCAAGAAUGCCUUGAAUGGCAAAGAGAUCUUCCCUGGAGCUGGUCCCGUUAGGAUCAACUUCGCGAAACCCCCCUCUGCGUCAAACACGCCUGGACACGAUGGAGCUCAGCCUUCCCCAAGCCCGAUCCCAUUCACACAAGGGCAGAAUGGUGCCCAAACCCCAGCCGCUGUUGGAAUUGAAGCUGCUGGACCGGGAACACCAUCUGUGCCGCCUCUGUCGGAGAUGACCGCGGAUAUCUUGAACAUCGUGAAAGACUUCGGUGCCAAUGAGGAUGAUGUCGCUCGUAUCAGCGUCAAUCUGCAGGAAUCCAUCACAUACAACAAACUGGUUGAGGAGAUCCCUCCCAUCGGAGAGCCAACGCACACUAGGAUGUACGAUGCGCCUAAGCUUCGCGACAUUCGCAAGAGAAUUGACAAUGCGGCUCUGUCCCAAGCAGAGAUCGAGAACAUUGCCCACGAUAUGUUGCCAGAGAUUGCGGAGCUGUCUUCGGACUAUCUUGGCAACACAGUCGUGCAGAAACUGUUUGAACAGUGCUCUGACCCUACUCGUGACGCCAUGUUGGAGUUCAUUGCGCCGCAUCUAGCAGAGAUCGGUGUGCACAAGAACGGCACCUGGGCGGCCCAGAAGAUCAUCAGUGUUUGCAAGACUGAACAUCAAAUGGGCGUUAUUAGGGACCACUUGCGUCCCUACACAGUCUGCCUGUUCUUGGACCAGUACGGAAAUUACGUUCUGCAGGGUUGCCUGAGAUUUGGUGCCCCGUACACUGAUUUCAUCUUUGAGACCAUGAUGAAUCGCAUGUGGCAGAUUUCUCAGGGGCGGUUUGGAUCUCGCGGCAUGCGGGCUUGCUUGGAGAGCCAUCAUGCCACCAAAGACCAGCAAAGGCUGUUGGCUGCAGCAAUUGCACUUCACAGUGUGCAGUUGGCUACCAACCACAACGCAGCUCUACUUCUCACCUGGUUCCUGGAUACAUGCACCUUCCCUCACCGUAGGACGGUGUUGGCGCCUCAGCUCGUCCCCUACUUGGUCACCCUAUGCACUCAAAAGGUUGCGUACUUGACCGUUCUCAAGGUCAUCAACCAAAAGACGGAACCGGAAGCCCGGGACAAGAUCGUACAGGCCAUGUUCUUCAGCGCUAACGACCAGACACUGGAGUCAAUCCUCAGCGACUCCCAGUGUGGCGCGACUUUGAUCUUCAAGGUCAUAACAACUCCAUUCUUCGACGAGACCGUGCGGAGCAAGGUUGUCGAGAACGUCAAAUCUGUGCUGUCCCGUAUCAAGGCUCAACCGGAUAAGGGCUACAAGCGCCUGAUGGACGAAGUUGGUUUGUCAACUCGCAAUGGCAACGGGGCUUCCCGAGGUGACGGAGGAAACCACCAGGAACGACACCGUGGAACCCCUAGAGCCAACAGCUCGAACAACCAGCAGCAUCGCGAACAGCAGCAGCAGCAGCAGCAAGCUCAGCAACAGCAACAGCAGCAGGCGCAGCAGCAGCAGCAAGCGCAACAAGCGGCUGCCGCUCAGUACAAUGCUGCCGCUAACAAUGGCCAGUUCUACAACCCGCUCAAUGCUGCCGCAGCUGGUGCCAACGCAGGCUACGAUGGAGGUUUUGCCAUCCCGCGAAGCGAUAACGUUGAUCCUUCCGUCCAACAAUACAACUCUUUUGCAUCGCAGGGCCCAAUGACGCCUGCUAUGAACUUUCAGCAAAUGCAAUACCAGCAGAGCAUGAUGCGUGGGACUCCACCAAUGGGUGGUUACUACCCAAUGCAGACCGGCAUUCCUUUCCCUAGCGCCAGCCCUUCAAUCGACCAGUAUCGCGGCAGCCCCGUCCCUCAACCCGGUAUGCCUGCUCCUAAUCAGAGCCCCUACGCCGCACCGGGAUUUCCGAUGCCGAUGUCCAUGGGAACAGGAGGCUACGGCUACGGAAUGCCCGGUCCGGGGUAUAACGUGCCAGAUGGCGGCAUGAAUGGAGGCGCACCUGGGCGUCGAGGCGGGCGUGUCGGCCGUCAGGGUCGGAACAACACCGCGAGCCCUAGGCCAUAUUGA